GGGGAGGGGCGGGAGCUGGGGCUGGCUGCCAGGCCGGGGGUUUUGUGUGUGAGAAGAAUAGGGGUUUGGCCCGCGUUGGCACACUCGCUUCCCUGAAUGCUAAUAGGGCUCCUCUGCUCUCCUUUCCGCCGGCCCGGCAGCCCCUCCUCCGACCCACAGCGGCACGGAGUGGGAUCAGAGAGCGUCAGCGUGUCCCUGAGCACUCCCUAAGAGAGCACACAUGCCGGGGCCGCCUGGUUGUCCCACUCUUGUUCCCGGGAUCGGUACUGAUGGUCACCCUGUGAUCCUGAGACUGUCGGUGUCAGUAGCAAGGCUGUGUAUGUCUGCGUGUAAAUGGGAUAUGCUGUUCUGGGUGCUUCCUGGCUACUUCCCACACAACGUCUUGGUCAUCUCCCCUGCCUGGGUGCUUUUUCUGAGCUCCUCAGUCUAAUAGAGCUGCUUGGGGGCUCUGUUGGCACCUGUCUGGUCUCCUGCUGUGCACCCCAUUAUAAUGGUCAGUUUCUUGUCUUCAGUUGGAAGCUCCUAGAGGGAGGGCAUCCUUGCCUAACAAAGGUUGUGGAUUAAAUGAAAGAAUAAGUGAACAAUGGUGUGGUGGCCCUGCGGUUUUGUCAGUGUGUGCCUCUGGCUGUGUCCACCAUUAGAGUGUGAAUGUGAUCAGAUUGUGUGUCCUAGAAGGUCCCUGUGUGCCUCUGCAUUUGGGAGGGACCCCAUGGUGGCAUCAUGAAUUUGAGUGAUGUUGUUUGGGUGACAAGUACCUGUCUCUGUAGGCUGUUGUGAUUGAACUGUUGGUGAUCAUGACCUAUGGCUCUUGGUGUAUGUCUGUGUGGCUUUGGCCUGUGUUCCUACGGAAGAAUGGGAGGGGCUCAGCAGAGCUCCAGCAAGAGAUUGUAGAGUUCAGAGCUUCUUCUGACCCAGGAGGUGAAGAGUUGAGGAGGAAGACUCAGGUGACACCUUCUCUGUAACACACACACACACACACACACACACACACACACACACACACACACACCAGUAGGAACACUGCAAGCCUUGAAUACCACUCCCGUCCUCCCACCCCCAACUUAAUGGAGGCCACAUAUUUUAUGGAGGCUGAGCCAUCAGAGUAAACCAUUUCCCGUCUGGCUGACUGGCAGAAAUUUAGGGAAUAUGCUGAGGGCGUCAGUGAGCGAGACAUCCUGCUCAUCCACUCUUGCCGCCAGUGGACAACGGUGACAGCUCAUACCCUGGAAGAGGGCCACUAUGUCAUAGGGCCCAAGAUCGACAUCCCCCUGCAAUACCCAGGAUCGAACCCAGCGCCCCGUGCAUGCCAGGCGAGCGCAUUACCACUUGAGCCACAUCCCCAGCCCUAGAAUAGAUUUUAAGAUCCCCAUCGAAAAGAUCUCCUGCCAGGAUCUCAGUAUUGUCCAAUCACAACCUUCAGAAACCUAGUGAUCCCUGUCAGCGUUGAUUCUCUUUUCCUAGUUUUUGGGUUAAACUCACUGCUUUCCUUGAUUGCCUUUAUAAGCAAAUGUUAAAGCUUUGAAUUAAGGAUUAUACUUUUAUGUCUUUUAUUUAUGAUGGUGAUUGUAUAAGAUUGUUUGCUGUGCACUGUGGCGCACACUGUAAACCUGAUAAUCUGGGAGACUGAGGCAGGAGGAUUUUAGGUUCUAGGCCAGCCUCAGCGACUUAGGAACCUGAACAACUUAGUAAGACCCUAUGUCAAAAUAAAAAAUAAAGAAGGCUAGGGAUGUACUUCAGGGAUAGAGCAGCCCUGGGUUCAAUCCCUAAUAUUUGGGAGGGGGGCAAAGAUUUUGUUUGAAGAAAGGGUUCUGCUGACAGCAACCCUUUCAUUCUGCAGAUGAUGAAAUCUAGUACCUAAGGAGGACAGUGACCUGCCCAGGGUCACACAGCAAGUAAGGGAAGGUAAAGGCCAGCAGCGAGGUGUCUUGACUACUGGACUGGUGCUUGCCGCUCAGUGCCAAGAAUGCAGGGCUGUUGUCCCUGGUGUGGGAGGAAUGAGAGUCUGGUGGUCCAGUCCUAGAGUGUCCCAUUUGAGCCAGGGCGUGACAGCUGUUCCAGACCCUGGGUUGAUCAGUUAUUUCAUCCUCACAGCUUGUGAGAAAGGGGCACGUCCCUUAACUUACCCAAGACUGAGACUCCAGAUCUUCGGUAGCUAGUCCUGUGUUUUUCACUGCAGUGUGACUUCCCAAAAAAAGCUGAGAACCUUUUGAGCUGGAAAGUCUUGCAGUCCCAUUGACAGGUGCUACUACCUCCAUCAGCCUCCCUUUGAUUUGGGACAGGGCUAAGUAAGCCCUUUUCACAGACUUCAGCUCUUUACAACGCCCCCACUCUCGCAUGGCGUUGCUUCUUCAAAACCUCCCCACACUCAUGAAAAGGGAAGUUCAAGCUCUUGGAGCAGGCCCGGGAUGUGCGGGAGCCGGUGAGAUACUUCAGCAGCGUGGAGGAGGUGGCCAGUGUCUUCCCUGAUCGCAUCUUUGUGAUGGAAGCCAUCACUUUCAGCGUCAAGGUGGUGUCGGGCGAGUUCAGCGAGGACAGCGAGGUGUACAACUUCACACUGCACGCGGGCGACGAGCUCACCCUCAUGGGCCAGGCGGAAAUUCUGUGCGCCAAGACCACCAAGGAGCGCUCGCGCUUUACCACGCUGCUGCGCAAGCUGGGCCGCGCCGGGGCGCUGGCCGGGGUGGGCAGUCCGGGGAGCGCGGGAGCUGCGGGCGGCGGUGGGGGUGCCAGGCCCAUCAAAGGCAAGAUGCCCUGCCUCAUCUGCAUGAAUCACCGCACCAACGAGAGCCUGAGCCUGCCUUUCCAGUGCCAGGGCCGCUUCAGUACGCGCAGCCCGCUGGAGCUGCAGAUGCAGGAGGGCGAGCACACAGUGCGCGCCAUCAUCGAGCGCGUGCGGCUGCCAGUGAACGUCCUGGUGCCCAGCCGGCCGCCGCGAAACCCCUACGACCUGCACCCGGUACGGGAAGGCCACUGCUACAAGCUGGUCAGCAUCAUCUCCAAGACCGUGGUGCUGGGGCUGGCGCUGCGCCGGGAAGGCCCGGCGCCUCUGCACUUCUUGCUGCUCACUGACACCCCGCGCUUCGCGCUGCCGCAGGGCCUGCUGGCCGGGGACCCGCGUGUCGAGCGUCUGGUGCGCGACAGCGCCUCCUACUGCCGGGAGCGCUUCGACCCGGACGAAUACUCCACAGCCGUGCGCGAGGCGCCCGCCGAGCUCACCGACGACUGCGCCAGCCCGCGCCGCGCGCGCCUCUGCCUGCCUGCGCCGCGCGCCCCGGGGCCCGCGCGUGCAUUCGGCCCGCCCCUACCCGCGCCCUCCACUGACCGCGACCAGGAGGAGUACGUGAGCCCGGACUGGGCAGGUGUGCCCGAGCCCGCCGCGCCGCCCGCCGAGAUCCCCUAUGAGGAGCUGUGGGCGCAUCAGGCUCCCGAGAGCCUCGCGGAGGGCCGCGCCCGGCCGCCCCCAGGGCCAGACCUCAUCUGUUUUGGAGCCGCGGGGUCUCCGCGUUGCGAGCCGGAAGCGCCGCCGCCUCCCGUCCCUCCCAAAUCAGAGGCGGUGAAAGAGGAGUGCCGCCUCCUGAAUGCACCCCCUGUGCCUCCCCGGGGUGGCAGUGGCCGGCUCUCAGGCAGCCCCCCUGUGCCGCCCCGCUUCCCCAAGCUGCAGCCUGUCCACUCACCCAGCUCCAGCCUUUCCUACUAUUCCUCCGGCCUCCAGGAUGGCACGGGUUCCCGCAAUGGCAGUGGCUCCCCGUCACCAGAUGCCUACUCCCUCUAUUGCUACCCUUGCACCUGGGGAGAUUGCAAGGUGGGCGAGUCCUCCAGCCGCCCACCCCCAGGUCCUCUGCCCUCCACAACCACACAGCCCAGCCAGGCCUCUAGGGCCCUUGCAGAGCCCCUGAGUGGUCGAGCCCCCUCCCUUUUGGGGGCUGACACCCCAGUCAAGACCUACCAUGGCUGUCCACCCCUGUUCAAGCCCUCCCACUCCCAGAGACGCUUUGCUCCCUUAGGAGCUCCCAACCCCUUCUCAGGGCCCACCUACUCAACAGGCCCUCCUGCCGCUUCUUCUGGGCCCACAACCUCCUCCAGUGCCUUGGCUACCUCCAGCCCUGUACAUUCCCCAGGCCCAGCCUCCCCUGGCCAGGCCUAUUCAGCUGCUCCUCCCUCUUCUCCCUCAUCCUCUGAGUGGCAAGAACCAGCCCUGGAGCCCCUGGAUCCCUUCGAGCUAGGGCAGAGCAGUUCUCCAGAGCUCGGUUUGCUGCGCUGUCAGGAGCCCAGAGUCAUGGGGGCAUCUGGACCUGGACCCUGCCUUUCGCCACUUGGUCCCCCUAAAGCCUUUGAGCCAGAAGGUUUGGUGCUGAGGCAGGUCCCUGCCUCACUGUCACCAGCUGCUCUGCAGGGGCCUGAGGCAGGAGGAGCCCGACUCUUUCUUACCCCAGGGCGGAUGGAGGGUCCUCCUGCCAGUCCCCGGGAUGGAGCCUCAGGCUUUGGAGGCCGGGAUGCUCCCUCCUGGCAGCCCCCUGCAGACCUAUCUGCGCUCUCCCUGGAGGAGGUCUCUCGCAGUCUGCGCUUCAUUGGGCUCUCUGAGGACGUGGUGAGCUUCUUUGCCCGAGAGCGUAUUGAUGGAAGCAUCUUUGUGCAGCUCAGUGAGGACAUCCUGGCCGACGACUUCCACCUCACCAAGCUGCAGGUCAAGAAGAUCAUGCAGUUCAUCAAAGGCUGGAGGCCCAAGAUAUGAACUGCCCUGCCAGUCACUGCACUAUUGGAAUGCUGGCUCCGAGGCUCUGGGGACUAGUCGUGGGUCUGCCAGGGACAGAGCACUCUGAGAGGCAGGACCUGCCUGUGGGAGAAUCUUUCCAAGACUAAGACUGAUUGGCAGCACUCAGAGUUAUCAGGAGAGACACUUUGGCUGGUCUUCUGGGCUCAGAUCCCUGCAAGGGGACAUCUUGCCUUUGUGCAGAGUAUAUGGGGAGGGGGUUGGAAGCACACCAUGUACUAGACCUGGUGAAGCAUUUGCUGUGAUUUUUAGUGGGGAGGAUGGUGGUGUGUCAAGAGGUGGCCUUCACAGUGAUGGGACACCUUCCCCUGCUCGGCAGCAAUCCUUCACAAUUACAUGCUUCUCAAACCUGUAGGUUCAGGUUAGAGAGAAGGGAAGAUGGCCCAUAAUUUAAGCACAAAUGCCCCAAGUGCCCGCUCUCCUAUGUGCUCUGUGGGUUUCUGGCCUGUGGCUGACCCAGAGUUAGGGGUGCGAUUUGUGUCUCUAGGAUGCCCUUCCUUCUCUUUGCUUUCCCAUGAUAGAGGUGCCUGGCCCUGAGCAUAGGUUCAAGUACAAGCCUGUGUCACAGCACCUCAGAGGCUCCACCCCUGGGUUCCUGUUCUGGGUGACAACUUAGGUCGGGCGCAGCUCUGUUGUUUUCCUAUCUAGUUAGGGAGGCAGGUGUUCUCCAGUGCUUUCUAGCCCCAGCUCCUGCUCCUCACCACAGCCAGCCAUCCGUCUUGUCAGGUAGACUUGUCUCUGAAGACUGCUUUGUGGAAGAGCAGGUGGAUUUUGGUCAGCUGCUCCUUCUUUCUAGAGGCAAGCAGUGGUCAACCACCCCACAUUCCUGCCAGUCUCCUGCCCCCAGCAUUGGGCUCUGAUGGACAUUUAGUGUCCUUCCCUGGUUUUCUGUCACUGGCAUAGGAAGUUAGUUAGGUGAGAGAAAGGAGGGUAGCUUUGGAAAACCUGCCUUUCACUCCUCCUGCUCGCCUUCAUGUACUUCAGAGCAGAUCUUUACACCGUUCGCUCUAGAGCCUGGUGACCUCCUUGGUUCCAGACCUCUGGGUCACUGUGUACAAGCCCAUGCCACCAACUUCACUGUCACCACAAUCUGAAGCACACUACUCCUAAUGUUCACUGGGUCAGGGCCCAUAGGUGGUAGCCUUCUUUUCUGCCUUACUGAGUCUGCCUAGAUAUUUAUUUCCUGGGUUUCUUUUUAUGGGUAGGUAAGCCAUGCUGCUGCCCCUUCUGAGGGAGGGAAGUCAGAAAAGAGCACAGGAACAGAGACAUUUGGUUUUCUCACAGAUUGUUUUCAUGAAUCCUCAAGGACUAGUGAAAUAAAUGCUAGGCCCCUGGAGAUUAGUGCAAGUGGAA